GGGAGCAGAUAUUCUGGGAAACCUUUGCCAGCACUCAGCUGGGAUACUUCUUUCUUUUAUGUUUUUUUUUUCUGCUCCUCCAACAGAAUUUAAAUGGAGAAUCUUCUGCUCUCCUGAGGCGAGACGGGAUCCGUUUUCCGGCUGCUCUGCCAGGCGUUUUUGCGAUAAUGUUCUUGGUGUGCCACCGCUCCACCUCGCUGGAUCCAGUUUCUCCUCCGUCUCGGCUCGGCCGGAGCUGAUAGAGCAGGAUCUGGCGCCGAGCUUUCCGAGGGGAUCAUCUUCAAGGAAUCUUCUGUGGAGUUGUGCCGUUCCAACGGGAAGGAUCCGCUUUCUUCCUGUCUUGCCGAAACUGCAUGGCCUAAGCGAAUGAAUAUUUUCCCGUUGCGCACUGCACCAGAAAUGGGCCAGGACCAAACCAAGCAGCAGAUAGAGAAGGGCCUGAAGUUGUAUCAGUCUAAUCAGACGGACAAAGCCCUGCAUGUGUGGACGAAGGUGCUGGAGAAGACCUCGGACCCUGGAGGGAAGUUUCGAGUGCUCGGCUGCCUGAUCACAGCCCACUCAGAAAUGGGAAAGUACAAAGAUAUGCUUAAGUACGCCCUCGAACAGAUUGACACAGCCCGAGAAAUGGAAGACCCGGACUACCUGACCGAAGGCUACCUGAACUUGGCGCGCAGCAACGAGAAGCUCUGCGACUUCCAGAAGACGGUGUCCUACUGCAAGACCUGCCUGAACAUGCAGGGUACCACUGUGAGCCUGCAGCUCAACGGCCAGGUGUGUCUGAGCAUGGGCAACGCCUACCUGGGCCUCAGCGUCUUCCAGAAGGCCCUGGAGAGCUACGAGAAGGCCCUGCGCUACGCACACAACAACGACGACAAGAUGCUGGAGUGCAGAGUCUGCUGCAGUCUGGGAAACAUCUACGUUCAUCUAAAGGACUAUGAGAAAGCCCUGUUCUUCCCCUGCAAGGCAGCUGAGCUCGUCAACGACUACGGCAAAAGCUGGAGCCUCAAGUAUCGCGCCAUGAGCCAGUUCCACAUGUCCGUGGCCUACAGGAAGCUGGAGCGUCUGGCCGACGCCAUGGAGUGCUGCGAGGAAUCCAUGAAGAUCGCUCUGCAGCACGGCGACCGGCCCCUGCAAGCUCUCUGCUUACUAAACUUCGCAGACAUACACCGCUGCAGGCAUGACGUUAAUAAAGCAUUCCCUCGUUACGAGUCCGCACUGGGCAUUAUGACUGAGAUUGGAAACCGUCUUGGACAAGCGCACGUCUACCUGGGUGUUGCAAAAUGUUGGCUUCUGCAGAAAGAAUUUGACAAGGCUCUCGAAUCUUUGGAGCGAGCACAAGAACUGGCCGACGGAAUGGGAAACAAGCUGUGCACCCUGAAGGUUCACUGCCUGCGUGAGGGCAUCUACCGCAACAACAAGCAGCAGGAGGAGCUCCGAGAGCAGGUGGUGAAGUUCCUGCAGUGCGUGGAGGAGCUGGAGCUCUACUGCGGCAUGUGUGGGGAGUCCAUCGGGGACAGGGACCAAAAGCUGCAGGCCUUGCCCUGUUCCCACAUUUUCCAUCUCAAGUGUCUGCAGACAAACGGGACGAAGGGUUGCCCAAAGUGUUUCAAAUCCUCCAUCAAGCCUGGAUUUGUGUGACUGCCACCGGCCGUUUGCGUGUUGGUUCUGCAGACACGGCACGAUGCCCUGAAGGCUCUGGACUGAUGUGCAGGCAGCAGGGAGCAGGCAGCCUUGGGAUGCGCUUACUUUCAUAAAGGCGCAGACGUUUGCUCCUCUGCACACAGGACGGCUACUAAGAACCAAAGGCGUCCUAAAUCUGUGGCUCACAAGCCCAGAUUAGGGCCGCAGUCCAUCAGAGGAGAUGCUGUGUAACUAUAAUGGUGUUAAAUUGUGAGAUAAGCUGAAAAAAAAUCAGAUGGACUAAACAUCUGUUGCAACAUACACACAGGAUAAGGACUGCCGACAUCAGCUUAUAGCUGUUGUAUGUGUAAGAACCAUUUAUUAACAAUGAGGUGAACUCAUUUUUGGAAGAAUACGUCUUUGAAACUUAAAAAAAAGAGAAAAACAAUGCACAUUGUCAAAAUUCACCUCAAUCUUUUUUUCUUCUUCUUUUAUAACAACUGUGUUUCCACACAACAGCACAGCCACUCAUGAAUUUAACAGUUUUAAUAUUGUUUUUUUCAUGUACAUAAUGUUCUCGUGUAAUUUUCUGGUCAACAUUUGAUUCAAUUAAUGUAUUUUUUUUUUUUUUUUGUAAAACAAACUAAAAUCUCUUAACCACUGAAAAACUA